AUGUUGUAUCAAGUUAUCGCAUUACACACUUUGAUCAUUACACAUAUUACUCAUUCAGUUGUAGAAUGUAAGAAUGUUAAAAUUGGUCAAGUUUUAUUGUCAAAAAAGUUUGGUACUAUUGAUAAAUGUUCAAACCUAAAGGCGGAAUCAGUGAACGCCAAUACUAUUUGCCUAUCCAGUUGUGCCAAAUCAUCAACAGAUCCAGAAAUCAAAUGCAAUACAUCGGCAAACACAUGGAAUUAUGACCUUGUACUGCAAAGUCCGGCGACAUUUUCUACUCCAAAGGGGCAUCAAGGCUGCUCAAUUAACGAGUCUCGAUACAAGUGCAUUGCAAUGAGGAAUGACUCAAGGGAAUGCGAUCAAGUGAAGCAUCUAAACCCAGGGGACCAUUGCUACACUAGCUGCGGGCAAGAACAAUGCCCUGCUGGAGAAUUUCAACAAGUGACUAGUGAAGAUUUUAAGAAAGGCGAUUGUAAGGAGGGUUACAGAGUGAGAUGCGUGGCGACUGAGAAAGUGAAUAUAUCAAAGUCUAGGAGAUUUGUCUUGGAGAUGGCAAUGAAUGAACACUAG